AUGCUCCAAAAGGCCGGUGUGCGAUAUGAAGCGCGAGAGGAUUUUGUCGCCAUCCUCGGCGCCGUCACGGGCGCACAAGUCGUCGAGCUCGUGCAACAUAGCACCGCGAUAAGACAGCAGCGCCGGCCGAGACACGGUACACAUGUCGCGGAGCCUCAUCGGGCGAAAUCCCACGAGUCUCAAUUCGCGCAGACGAAUACGCCAAGAGCUGGAAGGUCUGCGCUUCUCACUGCCGAGUUCGACUCGGACGAAGACGUGAACAGAGGCAGUCGGCCCAAGAGCAGGAACAGGGAAAGAUUACAACACCGAACUGUGCGUGGGGGCAGGCAGAGAGACCAGCUAGAAGGCGAAACGUCAUGUUCUGUUUCGCGACUGCAAGGCUCGGGGCAGAGUACCUCGAAGAUGUUGCCUCGGCAGAGUCUGAAAAGUACAAAGGGUGACCUGGCCGUCAAGACUCUGAGCAUCGCUGGAUCAGUCGCGAGCGUGAUUAGUUUGGCAAAAGAAUUUUUGAAGGAGUAA